AUGGUGACAUUCGACGAAGACGAAGCUGAGAUGCUAGAAAAUCUGAAAUAUUUAGAUUAUAUAAAUCGUAUGGAACGAAGAAGUCGGCGGAUUAUUUCUCCAAGAAGAAAUGACCUCGAACAAUUGGACGAUUACGACUUUCUAUGUCGAUAUCGUUUGCCAAAAGAGAGCGUAAGAAACUUAUUAGAACGAAUUGUUUCUACAUCAUCGAGAAAUUAUGCGAUGUCGCCGAUGGAACAACUGUUGUUGGCUCUACGUUUUUAUGCCACUGGAACAUUUCAGUUGGUCGUAGGCGAUUUAAAUGAUUUAAGUCAAUCAUCUGCGUGUAGAGCGAUUAAUAGAGUGAGUUUUUUAAUUGCUCAACUCUCCUCAGAUUAUAUCCAGUUGCCUAAAACAGAAUCUGAAAGGAAGCAAAUAAGUCAAAACUUUUUUCAUUUGAGUGGUUUUCCAUGUGUGUAUGGAGCCAUUGACUGCACCCACAUUCCAAUUCAGUCACCGGGAGGAGAAACUGCUGAAUUAUUUCGAAAUAGAAAAGGAUAUUUUUCUAUUAAUGUUCAGACAGUUUCAGAUAGCCAACUUAAGAUCAGAAAUAUAGUAGCUAGAUGGCCAGGUAGUUCUCACGAUAGCACUAUAUUUGCCAAUAGUCAUCUGUGUGCUAUGUUUCAAGCAGGAGAUAUUCCAUCGAAAUAUCAUCUUCUUGGUGACAGUGGAUAUGGAUGCAAGGCAUAUCUAUUAACUCCAAUAUUAAAUCCAGAAAGUGAUCAAGAAAAAAGAUAUAACAGAUGCCACAUAAAAGCACGGAACACAGUGGAACGGCAAUAUGGUUUGUGGAAACGACGUUUUCCCUGUUUGUCAGUAGGUUUACGUUGCAACCUACAAAAUGCUAUGGCUGUCAUAGUUGCCACUGCAGUGCUUCAUAACAUUGCAAUUUCAGAUGGAAAUAUGACAGUUCCAACAGAAUUUGAUAUUUCCAUGAAUGAAGAUGUUCCAGUGCCUNAAAUAUGUUGGGCCCUGUCCCUCACCCUGCCACUCUAUUAUGGGUAUGGCUGA